AGAAACGCAAGCAAAGAGAAGAAACCAACUUUUUAUUUUUACGCAAAUUAAACAAAAACAAAACAUCAAAAUAAACAGCGACCAAAACACGCACCAUGAGUUCAAUGACUGCGGUGCUGUCCUUGUCCUCGCAGCCAGAAAAGCCCAAUCAUUACACAUACCUGAAGGAAUUCCGUGUAGAGCAGUGCCAGUCAUUCCUCCAGCACAAAUGCAACCAGCACCGGCCAUUUGUAUGCUUUAAUUGGCACUUUCAAAACCAGCGUCGUCGGCGACCAGUACGCAAGAGGGACGGUACUUUUAACUACAGUGCUGAUAAUUAUUGCACAAAAUAUGACGAGACCACGGGUAUCUGUCCAGAAGGCGAUGAAUGUCCCUUUCUACAUCGCACAGCCGGGGACACGGAACGUCGCUAUCACUUGCGCUACUACAAGACAUGCAUGUGCGUCCAUGACACGGACAGCCGGGGCUAUUGUGUUAAAAAUGGCCUGCACUGCGCUUUUGCGCAUGGCAUGCAGGAUCAGCGUCCUCCGGUUUAUGACAUCAAGGAGUUGGAGACACUGCAGAACGCAGACAUCACACUGGACGGCACCAAUGCACAAAAUGCCCUUGAUAAGGAGCGUAAUCUAAUGAACGAGGAUCCCAAGUGGCAGGAUACCAACUAUGUACUGGCUAACUACAAAACUGAGCCCUGCAAGCGUCCGCCCCGUUUGUGUCGUCAAGGCUAUGCGUGCCCACAAUAUCACAAUAGCAAGGACAAGCGCCGAUCGCCAAGAAAGUACAAAUACAGAUCAACGCCCUGUCCCAAUGUGAAGCACGGCGAGGAGUGGGGCGAGCCAGGCAAUUGCGAGGCUGGCGACAAUUGCCAAUAUUGCCACACUCGAACGGAACAGCAGUUUCAUCCGGAAAUUUAUAAGUCCACCAAAUGCAACGAUGUCCAACAGGCUGGCUACUGCCCACGUAGCGUCUUCUGCGCCUUCGCGCACGUAGAACAUCAUGCAGAGGCCGAAGAGAAGGCACGGGAUCAUGACCUGUCACUCGGCGAACUCAUUGCCAGUGUUUUGCCCAAUAAGGCGAGGGAAGUGGUCGGCCAAACGAAGCUGCCGCCGGGAUUAAUGCAUAUCAACGACAACUUAUUAAAUAUUGAUGGUAAUAAUGCAAAUAAAAUGUUGGUAGAUGCUUUGGAAAAUGCUACACUUUCGAGCAAAUUUUUAAAUUUCACACUACCCCUGGAUAGACUUUCCUGCUCGUUGGAGGAUCCACGCGAGAACUCAUUGUCGGCAAGCCUAGCCAAUACUAGUUUAUUAACACGUUCCUCGGCGCCAAUUAACAUUCCUAAUACGCCAUUAAAUAACUCAAUUAACGAUUUCAACUCUAGUGGGUUUUCUGUCAACAUUCCCAGUUCGCUCACCUACAGUCCCACAAAUCUCUUCGGCGUAUCUGACUUCAACUAUGGUUCCAAUUCCAAUAAGCUAAGCAAUUCGCUAUCGGCAGCCACCCAAAAUGAUAGCAACAAUAUAUUCUUUCCAUCGCGCAUCAUAUCGCCCGGCUAUGGCGACGGUUUGUCCAUAAGCCCUUCAGUUCGAAUAUCGGAAAUGAAUACCAUACGUGAUGACAUCAACAGCAGUUCUGUGGGCAACAAUAUCUUUGAAAAUAAUCUGAAUACAGCCAAGAAUGCAUACAGCCUACAAUCGUUGCAAUCUCAGAGCAAUAACGACUUGGGUCGCCUCACGAACGAACUCCUGACGAAGAAUGCACAAAUACAAAAACUAUCCAGUCGAUGUGACGAGCUGGUCUGCAAGUAUAAAUACGCCGAGCUGCAUCGUGAGAAGGCCCAGAAAGAUGCUCAAGAAUGGAAGGAUCGUUAUGAUCUAGCGCAAAUACAAUUAAACUUGCCCAAUGAACUACGCGAUCUUUCCAUACAAAAACUAAAGCAAUUGCAAUCAAAGCUGCGCACCGAUCUGGAGGAGGUGGAAAAAGUAUUAUAUACAGAGAAUGCCAAAAAGUGCAUGAACUGUGAAGAAAACAAUCGCACGGUCACACUGGAGCCCUGCAAUCAUUUGUCCAUUUGUAACACAUGCGCCGGCUCCGUCACUGAGUGCCCGUAUUGCCAGGUACCUGUAAUGACGACGCACACCUAGGAGUACGAGUGGCCUGUAAUCUACAGUAAUGACAACAUUUUGGCUUCUUUGAAUACAAACUAAAUUUAGACUUAAGGGAAAUGUUAGAAAUUGUUCAACUACCGCAUAGGUUGAGGCAAAACAUGAUUAUGAUUUACAUUUAAACACUAUUUCAUUAUUAUAUAUAUUAGGAUAUCAGACGGAUAUAGAAGGAAAACAAUUACUUGAUGCUCUGCAUUUUAACAUAUGUAUACGCAGCUUAAAUUAAUUUUGUAAUUGUAAAAUGCGUUUCAUGUUUUUAUUUUGUUUACUUUC